CUUCUCUCUCUAUAUAUCUCUCUUCAUCUCACCCCUUUCUCUUUCUCUCUCUUCACUCGCAUACAUUUUACAUGCACAAACAACAGACACAGUUGUGAAGGUUGUUUGUUUAUCAACUUAGUUUUUCUCACACUGUUGAUCUUGUUCCUUACUCACAUUGCUUUGUUCAUUCAUUCACUUUCUCAGAUCGGUGUCUCACACUCAUAAGCUUCUGAUUGUAAGGGUCAUAUGAUUAAAGAUUUGGAUAUGUUGCUUUAAGUCUUUUAUCGGCAAAAGGCUAUGAAAUAUGGAGUGAGUUCUUUAGUGAUUGCUUGCCUAACAUCGAAACUAUGGGGUCUCAAGUUGUUGAUGAAAGUAAUAAUGAAAACCAUUCGCAGUUCCAGCCUCUGGCACGGCAAAAUUCAAUGUACAAUCUUACCCUUGAUGAAGUUCAGAAUCACUUAGGUGACUUAGGAAAGCCACUAAGUAGUAUGAACCUUGACGAGCUUCUGAAAAAUGUAUGGACUGUUGAGGCAAACCAAUCAAUUCGCAUGGAAAACGAGAACACAGCUCAAGCCGGAGAAGUUGUUUUUCAACGUCAACCUAAUCUGUCGUUAACCGGUCCGUUAAGCAAGAAGACAGUUGAUGAAGUUUGGAGAGAUAUCCAACAAAGCAACGAUCAUGAGGAGGUGAAGUCUCAAGAGAUACAAUCUACUUUGGGUGAGAUGACAUUAGAGGAUUUUUUGGUGAAAGCAGGCGUUGUUUCAGCUGCAUCUUCAAAUAGAAAAAAUACUAAUGGUCCUACUCCUAAAGUCAGUGUUGUUGAAUCGAAUGUAGCGUUGCCACAGUUUUCUCCACAUGGUCCGUGGAUACAGUAUGCACAACCACACUAUCAGCAUCCACAACAAAGUGUGAUGGCGACUUAUGUUCCGAGCCAGAUCAUAGCGCAGUCAUUGCACAUGGCAGCCGGUGCUCCGUCGGACAGUGUUCCAUAUACAGAUGGUCAGGUGGCAUUGGCUUCACCAGUAAUAGGAAACUUAUCUGAUACACAGAAAUCUGCGAGAAAACGGGGACCGGAGGACAUGAUUGAGAGGACUGUUGAGAGGAAGCAGAAGAGGAUGAUUAAGAAUCGGGAAUCUGCUGCGCGCUCAAGAGCAAGGAAACAGGCAUACACAACUGAGUUGGAGAUCAAAGUCUCGCGACUGGAAGAGGAAAAUGAUAAGCUGAGGAAAGAGAAGGAGCUUGAGAAUAUGCUAGCUAAUGCUCCGCCGCCGGAACCUAAAUGCCAGCUUCGUCGCGUAUCAUCAGCUUCAUUUUGAAAUAUGUACCUAUAUGUAGAGGUUUGUAGAUAUGAACAUCUUGGGAUAUGGUUCUAUUAGUUUAGUGUGAGUUGAAAACUACCUACCUAGCUAUUUAAUGCAUUCACAUUCAAUGGCUUAUUUGUUCUUAUGAAUAUUAGAUCAGUUUAAGUAUAGAACCUCAGUGGUAAAAGUUUUCUGGGGAACAUUGUAGUGUUACCAUUCAUUGUAUAAACUUUUCAAUCAUGGGUUGUGAAAUAGAUAUUGAGUCGUUAAAGUGGAUAAUGUUCAUGGAUAAAAGUGAAUAUACCUAGUAACAACCUCCUCGGCAAGUUACAUUUUUCCUUA